AUGGAGGAUUUCACACCUCGCAACUACCAGACGCAGAUGAAGGAGAUAUGUUUGGCCAAAAACACCAUCAUUUAUCUGCCGACUGGUUCCGGCAAAACGUUUAUCGCUCUGCUGGUAAUGAAGGAGAUAAGUUACCAGUUGCGGAACACGAUCGAGGAAGGCGGUAAGCGUACAUUUUUCCUCGCAAACACGGUGGCACUGGCGAAGCAGCAGGCCCAGUUCUUUGUCCGGCAUAUACCAUUCAACGUGAAGCUUUACACGAGUGAAGUGAACGUAGAUGCCUGGAAAAGCGAUCGUUGGCACACGGAAUUUACCGAAGGACAGAUUAUUGUUAGUACGUCACAAAUCUUGCUGGAUGUGCUUCGGCACGGUUACAUGAGCCCGUCGAACAUAAAUCUAAUUGUAUUCGACGAAUGCCACCGGGCUGUCGGACAGCAUCCGAUGCAUGCGAUAAUGAAAGAAAUAGUGGCGGCUCCUGCCAAGGAACGGCCCCGUGUGCUCGGUCUUUCCGGGACUUUGCUAUUCAAAGAGCUGAAGUUGCCGACACUCGUGCCAGAAGAGUUGGAACGGUUGGAAAACACGUUCAACGCAACCAUAGCAACAGUUGCCAACUACGAGGAGUACGCAACCGUGGCCAGCUUUUCUACCAAUCCAAACGAACAAGUGGUCACAUAUCGCAAAUCAACGGUGCAUUUGACACCGGUGUUUGUCGAUAUACAUUUGAGAAUGAAAACGUUCCUAGAGUGGCUUGAGAGCAUAUAUUUACCGGAGUAUUCGACCCAGUCGCCCCACACGUUGCAAAAGUCCGUUUCGAAACCAAUCAAGGAAGUAAGGAAGGCGCUGAACGAGUUUACAAAUCAGAUGGGAGAGCUUGGCAUUUACCCCGGUUCGCUUGCCAUUUUGGCGGUGAUAGUCCAGCUUGAGGUUAGCAAACGUCAGGCCUUGUGUAACAAAGCACGACAAGUGUAUCGUGCAGCGAUUGCAUUUUGCGAUAUGGUACGGCAUGAUUUGGUUGAAGCAAUGAGUGGAUUUGACGUGGUGCAGCAGAUCAUGAACUUCUCCAGCGACCAAACGAUCAAACUGCUAAAGUUUCUUGAGAUGUCUUAUCGCACAUCAGAGGAUGAGAAGAAACAGACUAUUGUGUUUGUGACGAGGCGCUUUACCGCGAAAGUUCUUUACCAUCUGAUCAAGAUCUACUUUGAGGCCCGUAUGAAAACCCCGACCGAGGAACAAAUUGUGAAGCCUAACUUUAUCGUAGGCAAUAAUGCAGCGUUGGAAGAAUCCAUUGAAUCAAUCCUGAUUUGCAAAGAAGAUCGUCGGGUACUUGAUAAUUUCCGUAAGCACAAGAUAAAUGUACUGUGUGCGACAAACGUUCUGGAAGAAGGUAUAGACCUGCAGAUAUGUAGCAUGGUGGUCAUGUUCGAUCAACCCAAAACGUACACAUCCUUUAUGCAGUCGAAGGGUCGGGCUCGAAUGAAAACGAGUACAUAUCUGUUGAUGACUCCGCAGGAGGACUAUGCAGCGUUUACAAUGCGCAUGAAAUUGUACCGCGCUAUUGAAGCUAGGUUGAAGGAUGAAUUGAUUGGAAAAACCAUCAAUCGUCCAGAACCGUUGAUAACCGAUGUUGAGCAAGAGCUGCUGGAUGACUUGAUACCACCGUUUUAUACACCGAUCGGUGCCAAACUGGAUGUGCUUUCCUCGAUACAGCUACUGAACCGGUAUUGCAUGAGCAUGCCCCGCGAUCUGUUCACCACCACGAACGUUACGUGGGACCGUCACGAUAACGCAUCGAAAUCGAUCACCGUAUCGGUGAAGCUGCCGUUACAAUCAACGGUGCGUGAACCGAUAUACGGGCAGCCGAUGUCUAAUGUAAAGCUGGCCAAGCAGUCGGCCGCAUUUAAUGCGUGUAAGCGGCUGUACGAAGCAGGCGAAUUGAACAUGAAUUUGCUACCGAUUGCGAAGAGUGCCAAGAUCGAGGAAUUAAGCGAACAGUACUUUCAGCUUUGGCGCAAAAUGUCAAACGAACCGCCAAAAUCCCAGCCGGGAACGAUGAAGUACGUCCGUGGACAUAAAAUUUGCUAUCCAAAGGAAACGACCGGUGGUACACCGAGUGUGGACGGAGAAGGCUGCUACGUGUACAUCAUACACAUGCGAUCGAAUUUUGACGCUAGCGACCGUGUCGAGAACGUGCGGUUGUUUAGUGAGCUGUACAACAGCGGCAAUAACUUUGGCAUACUGACGCGCAACAAGUUGCCACCAUUGGCGAAGAUGAAAUUGUUCGUUACGCUCGGUCCGAUCGAGGUGGUGGUGGUGCCGACCCCGGUCCCAAUUACGCUCGUACCCGAUUCAAACGAGCUGCAAAAGCUGAAGCGUUUCCAUCUAAUGCUGUUUCGCGACCUGCUCAAAUUGUGGAAACCGUUUACGGUGCUGGACGCGCUGCCGGAAGAGAAUGGCUUCAUUAUUGUGCCGAUGCUGCGGUCGGAAGUAAUCGAUUGGGAGCUGGUAAAAAAGUUCCAAUACCUAAAACCGGCGGCGGAACUGAGCCCCCGGGCCAGGCAGCAGUUGCGGUUCGUUCCGCAAGAUUAUCAGCUGCGUGUGGUCCAUCCGUGGUACAAAAACGACCCAGACAAGAAUUACGUGGUGGUGCAGGUGCGUGAAGAUUUGCGUCCGACGAGUGCCUUCCCGAACGAGAGGUAUGAAUCGUAUGAGAAUUACUACCAAACGGAGCAUAAACAGGUGGUUAUGCAGCGGGAUGGUCAGUUCCUGAUCGAGGUGAAAGGUAUCACGACGAGUCUGAACAGAUUGCAUCCGGGUGGAGAAUCGGACGGCGGCACUAGCACCCGUUCGCGGUUCUGGGAGUUUCAGGAAAUACUGAUACCGGAGCUUGUGCAUAACUAUGAAUUUCCGGCAGAGUAUUGGCUGAAGGCGACUUUGCUACCGAGCAUCUUGCACCGAGUACACUAUCUGCUGCUGGCGGAAGACAUACGUUUGGAUUUGGCUCAAAACGCUCAGAUUGGUAGUGUGCAGUGCGGAAAGCUUGAUGACCUCGUUGUCGACCGGCUACUGUUGGCCGGGAGUAAAAAAUUGAGCGAAAACUACGAGCAGGACGAUGAGGAGGAUGCCACGGAUGAAGACGACGAAGAGAUGGAAACGGUCGAAGAAGUGCGCAAUGUUCAACCGCCUGAUAGUAAGCAGUUGCUCACCGUACUGGAACAGAUACACAGCGAAACGGAAUCGGCGGUCGAUCGGUUCACGUACCCUUGGGAGUGCAAUGAAGAGCCGAAGGAUUUGGAUCGGAAUUGGAACACGUUGAGUAAGAUAGAUCUGGACUAUUAUUCGCUGUUCGUGAAUAAACACCAUACAAAUGCGAAGUCGAUUGUCCACAACGUCUACAGUUCGUUGACCGAGUCUAAAGUUCAUGGGGCGUUGGCGAAGCUGGACCAGAUGCACCAGGAAGCGGAAGCUAUUGGAGGCCGGCUCAUUCCCGCGAUUACCGACGGUUACGGGCGACCAGGCGAGAUUAGGAUGCUGAAAUUAACGGUGGAAAAUACGGCCAACGUGUGCCUGCAGCAGGCGGAUCUGCUGCAAGCCAUCACUACCAAAUCGUCUGGCGAUGUGUUCAAUCUCGAGCGGUUCGAGGUGUUGGGUGACGCGUUUCUCAAGUUUAGCGUAUCGGUGUACAUUCUGUUCCGGCACACCAGCUGGCACGAAGGAUAUCUGACGUUCUGCAAGAGCCGUAUGGUAAGCAACCGUAAUCUGCUGUACUGUGCGAUGAACUACGGCCUGCCCGGCAAGAUAAAGGUGCACACGUUCGAUCCGAAAAACGACUGGGUACCACCGUUGUCGAGCGUGCCGUUACAAAUUCGCAACGCGAUGAUCGAGGCGAACGAAACGCCCGCGUUGCUGUACAAUGUAAAGCUUUCCGAGGAGGAAAUCCAGUGCGGUGUAGCGACGCAGGCGACGAUCGAAAAAUUCUUACCGCUGAUCGUAAAGAGCGACCAACCGCCCCGUUCCACCAUGCACAGCGUGCUGCAGCAGGUGCAAAUCGCGGACAAGGUCGUAGCGGACGCAACCGAAGCGUUGAUGGGCGUGUGUGUGAAGACGGUCGGGUAUGAACGGUCGUUCCGGAUUCUGUCGCAUCUGGGCGUGAUACCGAAAGAGGCAGACGUUGCGAAAGUGCUCCGUAGCGCUACUUACCCGGUCAGUGAUUACUUUGCUGUCCGGCACCGAGUGGACCAGCUGCUGUGCAAUCCGGACCGGAUCGAAUCGAUACUGGGGUACAAGUUCCAGAACCGGCUGUAUCUACUGCAAGCAUUCACGCAUAGCUCGUACAACUCGCAUAGUUUAACCUCGUCGUAUCAGCAGCUUGAAUUUCUUGGCGAUGCCGUGUUGGACUUUCUCGUAUCGAUGUACAUCUUCGAGCGGAAUCCUACGAUGUCUCCCGGCCAGCUGACCGAUCUCCGUUCGGCGCUGGUAAACAACGUCAAUCUGGCUUGUGUGCUUGUGCGGUACGAGCUGCACCUGUACAUCCUCUCCCAGUCACCGAUGCUGACCGAUACGAUUGGAAAAUUUGUCGAUGUGCAGCGGAACAACAACAACCGCACCGGUGACUGGGUCCGCCUGCUGACGGAAGAGUCGAACAUGCUGAUGGCGGAAUAUGUCGAUGUGCCGAAGGUGCUGGGCGACGUGUUCGAGGCACUGAUCGGUGCCAUCUAUCUUGACAGCAAGAACGAUCUCACCGUGGUGUGGCAGGUGUGUUACCGUUUGAUGUGCGACGAGAUUGUGUCCUUCAGCCACGAUACACCGAUCCAGGUCGUACGCCAGCUGUUCGAGCAUCCCGAAGCGAAACCACAUUUCAGUGCACCGAUCGUGGAUGAUGAGGUGGUGUACGUGAAGCUGACCUACACCCAUCGCUCCAAGCGACAGAAUGUGUACGGCUUUGGCAAGAACAAGGAAGAUGCUCGCCGUGCUGCUGCUAAGAUUGCAUUGAGCAAAAUGGCGUAA